UCCGGCCAUGAUUUCUUUCGUACUUUUUCUCCCUCGCAGAAGCAAAAACGCAACCAGCACGCACAAAUACACAUUCAUUGCUCCCCUUCCUGUCUUGCUUGCACUGUUGUUCUGAGCUUAAAACCCUACACUCUUCUUCCUCAUGACAUGAGCAUUUCAUGCUAGAAUUGGGGCUUCUCCUUGCCUUCUGACUGAUUGGGUCAUGGCUUGGGAGAGUAGCUGACAGCAAGAUCGACUUCUUGCUCCAUGAUGAUGCCAUUCUCUUCUUAUGGUGAGGAUUCUUCUGGUUCUGGGAGGAGGAAGACCCCAGAGCUGGAUUUGGAUGGUUAUGACUGUGAGAGUGAGGAAGGGGCUGAGGCUUCAGAGGUAGCUGGGAAGCAUGUGGCUUCAAGGCCUUCUGGGAGUAAGAGAAGCAGGGCUGCUGAAGUUCAUAACUUGUCUGAAAAGAGGAGGAGGAGUAGAAUCAAUGAGAAGAUGAAGGCUUUGCAGAAUCUGAUCCCAAAUUCGAACAAGACAGAUAAAGCUUCGAUGCUUGAUGAGGCGAUAGAGUAUCUCAAGCAACUACAGCUCCAAGUACAGAUGUUGUCAAUGAGAAAUGGUCUAAGUCUACACCCUAUGUAUCUCCCCAACAAUCUGUCACCCAUGCAAGGUUCACAGAUGAAUUUGGGGUUUGCUGUUGAUGGCGAUUCAGUAAUGAACAUGGGAUUGGGUGGCAUGCUGCCAUUAAACCAGGAUUCUUCACAAGGAAACUCUUUUGAUAUGUUGAGUCGAUCUACACCAUCUAAUCAGUCUAUAGUCAUACCUAGUGAGUCUAUAGUCAUACCUAAUGCAGCAAAUGUCAGUGACCUCGAGUGCUCGUUUCACAUGGAGUCUUCUCAGGCUCACAACAGAUCCUUUCACAUGCCUGUGGCUACCGAGUUUAAGGAAAUGCUCACAGAGGAGAUGGUGACACAACAUCAGUUAAAUUCAGCACAGUCAAUGCAGAAUCUCCCAGAAAACAACAUUAAAUCAGUGGCCGCGUCCACUAGCCUACCCUUUGGCCGGCAAGCAUCAUUUGUAGAGGGUGCUCAGUCGUUGGAGACGAACAUGUUGGUUAGUGAGAGAUCACAAGAUGUACUUUCUAAGAACUCUGAUCACCAAAUAUUUAAUCAGCAAUUCAACCGGGGACAGAAUGAUCAAAGCUUUUGCGUGCAAUCACAUUAAGAGUGAAGAAUCACCAGACUUUUGACGGUUGAAGAAGCAUGCGACAGAUUGAUCUGAUGACUAGCUGCUUCAUAUGGAUAGCGAAGUAGAUGCGGUCAACCGCAUUGUGCACUAGUAGCAGGUUCAUGCAAGUAAUGAGUAGCAUGAUUUGAAACGAUGAGAAGCUUACUCUGUAACUUCAAAAAAUUGGCCUUGUACAAAAGAUGAAUUGAGUGGACCAUUAACAUUAUUUUGGAUUGAAAUGUAUUGGUCAAGCAUGUGAAGCAUAACCAAUGCAUAACUACUUGAAAAAUUUUCAAUGUGCUGUUGCUUAUGUGUAUGUGUGACUUUGGAUUGAUUUUCUCCCCCAUUUUUAGAGAGUAUUUAUUUUGG